UGCCACCUAUCAAUGCCAGUCAGUGCCACCUAUCAGUGCUGCCAAUCAGUGCCACCUAUCAGUGCCAGUCAGUGCCACCUAUCAGUGUGCAUCAGUGCCGCCUUUCAGUGCCCGUCAGUGCUGCCUAUCAGUGCCACCUAACAGUGCCAGUCAGUGCCACCUGUCAGUGCCAUGCCAUAUGAGUGCUGCCUUUCAGUGCCUAUCAGUAAUGCCUGUCAAUGCCCAUCAGUGCCACCUACCAGCCUCAUUAGCGCACAUCAGUG